CCCAGAUCCGUGGCACUGUACGCUGGGGCAGCAGUCGCAGCUGCUGCGUCUGCGGCCCGAAAUAAACCGUCCUGUCCCGAAAUAAACCGUCCUGUCCCGCGCUGGGGGACAACUCUGCCCAUGGCCUCGAACAACUUUGGCAACCACAGCACGGGGCCGCAAAACGUAGCAGCCGGCCGCGGCCCGCAGCUGAACAACAACGGCUACGGCGCGCAAUUCAACUAUAGCACGGUAUAUGGAUACCCAUUCCAAGGUUCCCACAUCGAGGCUGUGAGCCAACGUCAGCAGGAGAAAGAAGCUUGUCUCCGAACUCUCGCGUUCCCCGGCAUCCACGCUCGCCAAAACGACAUCAAUCCUGCCCAUCGGAGCACGUGCGACUGGCUCUUUGAGGCUCCGGAGUUUCACAAAUGGAGGGAUCCAGCCUCUCUUCCAAAGCACAAUGGAGUCCUCUGGAUCAAAGGCAAGCCCGGCGCUGGUAAAUCGACGCUGAUGAAGCAUGCAUACCGUCGUUACAAGAAUGACAUCUUUCAGGACCAUCUCAUCCUCUCACACUUCUUUAACGCUCGUGGCGAAACGCUCGAAAAGACGCCCUUGGGUUUGCUGCGAUCAAUGGUUUACCAGCUAAUCGAGAGCGACCAUGGGUUAUACGAGCUCUUCGUCCCUAAACUCCGCGAGAAGCAGAGGACAAGUCUAGAUGGCCAUUUCCAGUGGCAAACCUCUGAGCUCAAGGGCUUUAUACGCUCUAUUACUGAGCAGUCACAGUCGCGGCCUCUCCUUCUUCAUAUCGACGCGCUCGACGAAUGCGACGAGUCCGAGGUCCGCGAUGUGGUCGGUUUCCUCGAAUCACUGAGCAUUAAUGCGCUCGAAGACGGCUUUCCGCUCAAGAUUUGCCUCUCGAGCCGCCACUACCCAAGUAUUCGAAUGAGAAAGGUGGUCGAAUUAGUGGUAGAGAAGAGCAAGGACCACCAGACUGAUAUCGCCAGAUAUGUCAGAACAAAUUUGAGGAUAUACACGGAUGAGAUUGCUGAUGAAGUUGUUAAGAAGGCAGAUAACGUCUUCCUUUGGGUUGAGAUUGUUGUGUCGCUGCUGAACAAAGCCUGCGACGAAGGCAUGCUCGAAGCAAUGCGAAAGACGCUCGACGAAAUCCCGGUUGACCUUGAAAGCAUAUUCUCUGCCAUCUUGAGCACGAACGCGACCAGUAUGGCUGAGACAGUCCUCAUGCUUCAGUGGGUGCUCUUCUGCGGGCGACCACUUGAACCCGUUGAGCUCUUGUCUGCGGUGGGGGAAAUAGGUCCUCUAUCCAUAGACGUGGUUGAGCGACGAAUAACAGCCUCGUCAAGAGGCCUAAUUGAGGUACGAAAAGGCGAGCACGAUAUCGUCCAAUUCAUACACCUGUCGGUCAGCGACUUCCUCUUGCGGCAGAAAAGACUACAAAAGUUGGAUCCAACGCUUGGGGCCGAUCCCGUCCGGGCCAGCCAUGGUCGCCUAUGGGCUCGCUGUUGGUCAUAUAUUGAGCAAACACGAAGUCAGUUGACCACGCAAAAAGAGAGGAGUUGGCCAGAAAAGACGGAUCCAUUUUUUGCGUAUGCGUCAAGGGGCGUAUUCUACCAUGCGGAGAUGGUCCUGUCCGAGGAACCGGUAGGAAGAGUCCGGGGUGGUGCUCAACUGCCGCAGAACAAUUCUUGCAUGUCCCUGGACACAAUUGAGUGGUUGGACCCCAAGUGUUGGAUCCAAAAGUCCAAUUACUGGUUUCCGGGGUGGAGACGACUUCUGCGUAUGGACGCUGUUGAGAUGUAUCCUCUCACUAAUCUUCAGGGAGAUGAGACAGUCCUCUAUGUGUGCACGGCUUUUGGGCUGCCACGCCUGGUCAAUAUCAUAUCUCAAAGCGCUGACCUCAACGAGACAGGCGGCGAGUACGGUACUGCGCUACAGGUCGCCGCCUACGGAGGCAACGAAGAAAUGGUCCAGCUACUUCUUAGGAAAGGCGCUGAAAUCAAUGCGCGAGGCGGCAGGUUCGGCAAUGCACUUCAAGCCGCUUGUUGGGUUGAAAACCGAGAGAUCGUACAGCUACUCCUCGAUCAAGGCGCCGACGUUAACGCGAAAGGUGGUGAACGGGACACUGCGCUGCACGCGGCCUCAGAGAAAGGAAAUAAAGAGAUCGCCCAGCUACUCCUCGAUAACGGCGCCGACGUCAACGUGAAAGGUGGCGUUUACGGUACAGCGUUGCAGGCAGCCUCAUUGCAGAACUAUAAAGAGACCGUGCAGCUGCUCCUCGAUUAUGGCGCCGACGUAAACGCGAAAGGCGGCGAAUACGGUACUGCCCUGCAGGCUGCCUCAAUUGGAUGUGAUCGAAGAGUCGUUCAGCUGCUUCUCGACAGAGACGCCGACGUGAACGCGAAUGGCGGCUUUUACGGUACCGCGCUGCAGGCUGCCUCAGCUGUAGGCGAUGGAAGAGUCUGUCAGCUACUUCUUAAACAAGGUGCAGACGUGAAUGCGGAAGGUGGCAGAUACGGUACUGCGCUGCAGGCUGCCUCAGCUAUCGGUCACUAUCGGAUCGUCCAGCUACUUCUUGACAACGGUGCUCGUUGGAAUUCCUCAAAUCUGGAGGAUUGAAUUGAUGGCCAAAUGCGCAGGUCGUUUAUUUGGGUUUAGAAAUGACAUAGAAGAAGGAGGGAUCAGAGCCAGAUGAAAUAGCAAGAUCGAGAGGCCAACACGUAUAUACAAGAUCUUGGCCUAACAUGGAAUUGUACCAAAAAGCGAGGGUUAUCAUGUAGGGGAGGGUGGGAAAAUAGCCCGCGUCUUUAACACCUCUAUAGUGUUACUAAUGCUCUCGUGUCAUAACAAAGUCGAAUGCUAGAUUUCUGAUAAAUUCAUCUACGAAAAAUU